GCAGAAGGAGCGCAGGACUAACUGUCUGCUGCUGCUGCUGUACACUUCUUUGUCUGCUCAGCUGGAGACUGUGUGUGUGUGAGUGUGUGUCUCAGUACUGCGGGUCUAUUCAGUGAAGCCAAGUGGGUUGAUCAGAAUAAGCCAGCAUGUGGGCUGCACGUCCACAGAAAGAGCAGGCUCGCCCUGCUCUUGGGGCUAACUGCUGAGCAUGCUGGGUAAAGCCCCGCCCACGACCAGUAACCUUAACCUGGUGAACUCUGAGGAAAACACAGCGGCCCCAGACGCGCACGACGGUAUCACGAUGGCCGAGCUUGUGGAGAGCCUGGAUACCAGAGAGCUGGACAUGGGGGAGGGAGAGGAUAAUGACUAUGAUGGAAACAACAUAGGGGACAGUCGUAUUGCAUUUUCAGCUGUUUAUGCCACAGUGGGCUUCAAGGAAGCCAGCGCAAAGGUCUACCUUUCCACUGUUCCCAUUACUGCCCGGAUACUUGAGGUGGAGAGAUUCACCACGGCACAAGACCGCUUCAACCUGUCGCACCAAAGGAGUGUCAACAAGUCUCUGCCAGCGGUGUUCAAGAUUGAGCUGAAGCACGGUGAGUUUACCUGGGUGGUCAAGAGGAAGGAGAAACACUUCAUGGAGCUUCACAGAGAGCUGAGGACGUACAAGACCUUCAUGAGGAUACCGCUGCCGUCACGCAGCCACACAGUGAGGAGACGAACAGUGAGGAAGAGUGAAGUGAGGGAGAUGCCCUCCCUGCCGAGGGGCAGCGGAGACGAGCUGGUGCGAGAUGAGCAGGUCUCCAGCAGGAGGAGACAAUUAGAAGACUAUUUGAACAAGCUGCUGAAGAUGGCCAUGUACCGCAAAUAUCACCAUACUAUGGAGUUUAUUGACGUCAGCCAGCUGUCUUUUAUUCAUGACUUGGGGCCCAAAGGACUGGAAGGGAUGAUCUAUAAGCGCUCAGGCGGACAUCGUAUUCCUGGCAUGAACUGCUGUGGUCACAGCCAGGCCUGCUACCGCUGGUCCAAACGCUGGCUGGUGGUGAAGGACUCGUGCCUGCUGUACAUGAAGCCAGACUCAGGGGCCAUCUCGUUCGUCCUGCUGGUGGACAAAGAGUUCAGCAUCAAGAUGGACUCCAAAGACACAGAGACCAAACAUGGAGUGCGGAUUGACAGCCUGUCCAGGACCCUGGUGUUUAAGUGCAGCAGCUACAGACACGCUCGCUGGUGGGGUCAGAGCAUCGAGAGCUUCGUGAGGAGUCAUGGGAAGGCUUUCCUCCGAGAUCACCGCUGCGGAUCGUUUGCGCAGGAACAGGAAAACAUCCCCGCCAAAUGGUAUGUGAAUGGAAAGACUUACAUGGAGGAUGUGGCCGAUGCUUUAGAGGAGGCUAAAGAGGAAAUCUUUAUCACAGACUGGUGGCUGAGUCCAGAGAUCUUCCUGAAGAGACCUGUGGUGGAGGGCAACAGGUGGAGACUGGACUGUACCCUCAAACGCAAAGCACAACAGGGAGUGCGCAUCUUUGUGAUGCUGUAUAAGGAGGUGGAGCUCGCCCUGGGUAUCAACUCUGGCUACAGCAAGAGGACCCUCAUGCACCUGCACCCUAACAUCAAGGUGAUGCGUCACCCAGACCACGUCUCCUCCUCCGUCUAUCUGUGGGCACAUCACGAGAAGAUCGUCGUUAUCGACCAAUCCGUGGCCUUCGUGGGCGGGAUCGACCUGGCCUACGGUCGCUGGGACGACAGAGAGCACCGGCUGACUGAUGUCGGCAGCGUGACGCGCUCCGUGGCCCUCGAGCAGGCUGCCUCCACCAACAAUCAAUCCAGUAAGGGUGUGUCCUUCGUUGAGGACGUCUCCAAGAGCAAUGGGCGAGGGACGCCGCCCGGCGAUCCUGCGGACUUGCCCAAGCUGAAGGGGAUCGGACGCAGUAGGAAGGCUCGCUUCAGCCUGUACAGACACCUGCACAAACACACUAUGCAGCACGCAGACAGUGUCAGCAGUGUGGACAGCGCAGGGAGUGGUUCAGUGCGGAGCCUGAAGACAGGUGUUGGAGAGUUACAGGGCAACACACGCUUCUGGCACGGGAAGGACUACUGCAACUUUGUCUACAAGGACUGGAUCCAGCUGGAGAAACCUUUUGAUGACUUCAUCGACAGGUACACCACUCCCAGAAUGCCUUGGCAUGACAUCGCCGCAGUGGUUCAUGGCAGAGCUGCGCGGGAUGUGGCCAGGCACUUCAUUCAGCGCUGGAACUUUACUAAGAUCAUGAAGCCAAAGUACCGCUCUCUAUCUUAUCCAUUCCUACUGCCCAAGUCUCACUCCAGCGCCAGUGAGCUCAAAUACCAAGUCCCUGACUGUGUCAAUGCCAAAGUGCAGGUGUUGCGGUCGGCAGCAGAUUGGUCUGCAGGCAUAAAGUACCAUGAGGAGUCCAUCCACAAUGCCUACAUCCAGGUCAUCGCCAAGAGCAAACACUACAUCUACAUAGAGAACCAGUUCUUCAUCAGCUGUGCCGACAACAAGACGGUCUACAACAAGAUCGGAGACGCCAUCAUAGAAAGGAUCCUCAGAGCACACAAGGAGGGUAAGAAGUUCCGUGUGUACGUGGUCACCCCCCUGCUUCCUGGCUUUGAGGGCGACAUCACCACGGGAGGAGGGAACGCCAUCCAGGCUGUCAUGCACUUCAACUACAGAACCAUGAUCAGAGGAGAAUACUCCAUCAUCUCACAGCUGAAAAAGGAGAUGGACGACCACUGGAUGAACUACAUCUCCUUCGCCGGCUUGCGGACUCACGCCGAGCUGGAGGGACGUCUGGUCACAGAGCUCAUCUACGUCCACAGCAAAAUGCUCAUCGCUGACGACAACACAGUCAUCAUCGGCUCUGCUAACAUCAACGAUAGAAGCAUGCUGGGUAAGCGUGACAGCGAGGUGGCAGUGAUCGUGGAGGACUCUGAAAAGGUCCCUUCGAAGAUGGAUGGAAAGGACUAUGAAGCUGGACCCUACGCACUUCAGCUUCGCCUCGAAUGCUUCAGGACUAUCCUCGGAGGUCACACUGACACCAGCAUUGACGUGUCCGACCCCAUCAGCGAUCGCUUCUACAAGGAGGUGUGGAUGACAACAGCUGGCCGCAACGCCACCAUCUAUGAGAAGGUAUUCCGUUGCCUUCCUUCGUCCCUGGUGAGGAACAUGUCCGAGCUGGAGCAGUACCAGUCCAAACCGGGUCUGGCCCAGACCGACCUGGGCCGUGCGCAGGAGGAGCUGCGCAAAAUCCGAGGCUUCCUGGUUCAGUUCCCUCUGGACUUCCUGUCUGAGCAGAACCUCAUGCCCUCUGUUGGAACGAAGGAGGCCAUGGUGCCAACUGAGAUCUGGACAUAAAGGAUGCACCACUGCCACUGCUUGAGCAUCUUGAGGGAAGUAUCUGGAUUACAGUUGUCAUUAUGGAUUUGCAAGAGAUUGGGUUUAAUCCAGAGAUGAGGGUCUCCUCUGGAUUGAUAUGACUGCUGGGCAUCGACAAAUCUCUCAAAUCUGUUUCUGCUCAGAAACAGCAGUUAACGGCUUAUUUGGACAAGCAUUAACACUGUUGGGAUUUAUGAAGAACAAAAGACGUCGCACUUUGAGGAAAACAUUUAUGACUGCAUUCAAGCUGUGGAGAUGAAAAGCAGGCACAUGAACUUUGGGUUUUGGGAAUCAACUCAGCUCUGGACUCUUGGACCUUUGGACUGUUUUUAAACUUCACAAGACAGCGAGGACUUCCGGAGAACCAGGGUGAGGCUGCGGUGACAUUUGUGACAAUGACGCUAACAAACAUUCAGCUGUUAGUUUUAAAAAGAUCACAGGAUACACAGAGAUGGCGAUGCAUGUGAUGAGUUUGUAGUGUAAGCUCGUAAGGUGCAGUGGUGCUUCAGUACGUACGCUGUUCAUGAGCUCAAGAAGAGAUGACCAGCCUCUUUAAGUCAUCUCAGAUGUAUUUUAAGGAUCUUUUAUGUCAAACAAAUCCAAACCACGUGAUGGCUUUUUUUUUUACCGAUUCAACAUUGGUGCAUGAUUUUACUAACUGUGCUCAGAUUGUCAACACGAUAGCUAUAAUGCAUGAACCAAUCACAUCUCUGAGGGAACCCUCAGAGGCGUUAUAUUUCCUGUCAAAGGUGUUUCGUGACAGAUUGUUCCUGGACUUUAGUGCUGAAAUCAAAGUGUUGAGCUGACCCAGGUACAGAAGCUAAGUCAACUCGGUUACAUCAUACUGCGUUUAGAGGGGUGUAUGAUCAAAUACUAAAGUCAUAGGUGCAAAUUUCAGGGGGGAUACAGAGGAGACGUCCCCUCAAUAUUUAGAACAUGUGCUUUUGUCUGCCCCAAUAAAACCUUGUGCACUUUUGACGAAAUUAAAGACAUCUAAACCAUAAACUGAAGCAGAAAAUGCACAAACUGGUGCAUAAAUAUUAACCAGAAUGCUGGAAUUUAAGUGUUAGACACUCAAAAUUUUCUGGCAGUGAACCCUUAAAUCCCCUGUAUCAUACACGUCCCCACCCCAGUGUUGAAACGAAACCUACACCCUUGGCUACAGAGUAAAGUGUAAUGAGACAAUCGGCACUCCAAUUCAAGGUGUCAUUUCCUUCUUUGCUCAACAGAUGGUGCUAGCUUCUUAUAGAUAGCUUGUACAGCGGCAAUACAGCUCUCUCUGCUAUUUUAUUUCAGUCUUACGGCGACAGCUUGUAGAAUUACAGUCUUUGAAACGAUGUAAACAAUGACAAUAAAAACACUAUUUUCCAUAAAGCAUGAUGCCAGAGGCAAAACUGUCACAUGAAGGUACAGUUUGAAGUCACGUGUUAUGUUUCCUGGCAGUUCCAGUGGUUCUCUCGAUGGAGCUUUUGACUCAGAGUGAAAAAAAAAUGUAAUUUUUUUAUGUAAUGAAAAAGCAUUUUUCUAGGGAUUGGUAAAAUAUGUGACCUAUGAAGCAUUUGAUGUAUAUGUGAAUGUAUGGAAUUUAUGUCACCUGAUUUGUUUUAAUUUUUAAUAUAUGUCAGCGUAUUUUGUUUGAUCACCAGCCUCCUUUUAAUGUGAAGUGAAAGAACCACUUGAUCAGUAUCCAGCUGUGCUCUGCUUUUGCGUCACAUCUAAAAUGUCACUGCAGAUGAUUGGUUAAUUAUCUUCCCUAAGGUUAUGAAGCGAAAAAGGCGGACCUUGGUGGUUCCUGUAAAUCAACAACAUGAAUGAUUUCAUUUGGCAGACAUCCUCCAUAUUCGUUAAAGGGACUUGGUGACGUGCUGAUGUCUGGGUCACACACCCUACGUGAGAAUCACCGGCAUUAAUUCAAUGGAAGAACAAUAACUGCAUUGUGCAGCAGCUGAUAAUAAAACUUGGAUAUUUUUAAUGGGACCAGGAUAUUGAUGAAUGUUAACUGAGGUGACAACAACUGAAAACAUCACGGCUUUUUCGAUUUGUGCUGAUUUUGACAUCACUGUAUUGUUUACCCUCGCUGUAUCCGUCACUGCAUUAUCUAUGGAAUAUGAAUCAUUUAACAUUCUUUAAACCUGUAUAUUUUUUUAAAUGUACGGCAUGGCUGUAUGGACGGUUGUGGAUUUUGUAACUAAACCUAUGUUUCUUUAUCAUAACCAUCAUGCUGCAGUCUUUUCCUGUCCACUAUCUCAGCUAUCCCUUUGCCUCGAGUCAGCUGAUGUUGCUUCCACUGUUUGUACAAUACCUUUUUUGUACAGUUGAAAGUAUUUCUUAUAUCUGCCUGUUGAUUUAACACGGUGUAACUUAUAAUUUAAAUGGCUAACAAAUAAAAUUAUCUUUGGAA